ACAGUAUGCUUGAAUUAUUGAACUAAACAUGUAAAAUGAAAAUUGAGAAGGAAAGAGAAAGAGAGAACUAAUAACAAAAAAUGUGACAUAAAGACUGUUUUGAAGAUUAAUUGGUGACUAUCUUUGUCAAUGAAGAGGAUUACUUAGCCGCAUCAUUUGCUGUGAAGAGCCUUGCUUAGAUGAUUGGAUUUGUAAUCAAUCUCUUCAUUGACUAUGGAUUGAAAUAUUUUUCUGUUUAACAGUGAUGAAGAGUAUCUCUAUGGAUGUACAGAUCCAUUGUCAUUUGUUCAAGAUGAGUACACGUGUCUGCAUUAUUGACUUGGAUAUAUGAUGACGCUAAAUGCCCUUUAAAAGAAACUGAGCUCUUAAUGGAAUAUCUAUAUAUCAUUAUAGAAACAUAUGCACUGGUCACAAACUGUUGUGUGGUUCAAUGUUAUACACAAUAUUUUUAAAAUGUGCAGUACUGAGAUUCACUUCAUUCUUAGAAGUACGUUGCAGUUAGGUAUUAAUUCAUCCAAACUUGGGCGGAGGCCGGUGAAGAGCCAGGUCACGAGUUUGAGUCCCAGCAAGAGUAAGGCUGGCAAUGCUGGGGAUUUUUGGGCGGAGGCCAGUGAAGGGCCAAGUCUAGCUCCAGGUGGCUAGGGGGAUUGUGUGCCUUCGCUAUAAGCUAUAAUUUUGGCGUAGUGGUUAAUACAGUGAAUAACCAUUCAAUGAUUGAUACAAUGAAUUGAAGGAGGUUGGAGUUUCUUUUAGUGACAAAUACAGGGAAAUGAGAGUGGGUCCUGCAUCAUUGACAGCUCAACAUGUAGAAACCUAUGCGCAGAACAUGGGCUUUCUUUCUCUAAAAAUUCUUUUCUCACUGGUUCAGACAAGUAGACAACUAAAUACUAUGAUCUUCAUUCUAUCUCGAAACAAGCUUUCUCUUAGACAGAGGUUUUUGAAGAGAAAAAAUGGCAGAGGCUGCAGUGGAACUCUUGGUAGUGAGCAUCACAUACCUUCUUAAUAGGCCGGGGUUUCUGAUUGGUGGAGUACGGCAAGAAAUCUCCAAGAUCAAACUUGAGCUCGAGAGCAUGAGAUGCUUCAUAAAGGAUGCUGAGAAGUGCAAAAACGAAAUUGAAGGGGUGUCUGUUUGGGCAGUACAAGUGAGGGACAUAGUAUUUGAAGCGGAAGAUGUUAUAGACGAGUUCUUGUAUCAUGUAGACGGUAUGAAGAAAAGUGGUUUUAAAGCUUUCUUACUCAGGAUGUUAAAGCUUCCAGAGGAACUCUGGAUUACACACAAAACUGCCGUUGAGCUGAAAAAGAUCAAAGGUGAGAUCAAAGACAUUGCCAAAAGAAGUAAGAGGUACGAUCUUAGUCACAUUGUGUCAUCCUCAGAACCAUCAAGUCACUCUCGCAGCCAUGCACAAAACAUCAGUGACUCGGCUUUCUUCAUCGGGAGUGAUGAGAUUGUUGGACUCGAUUCAGAAACAGACGAGUUGCUAACCUGGUUGGAGGGAGAAGAGGAACACCGUAUUGUGAUUUCUGUUGUGGGCAUGGGGGGUUCAGGGAAGACAACUUUAGUUUCGAAAACCUACACCAGCCGUACCAUCAAGAGGAAUUUCAACUGCUGUGCAUGGGUGUCUGUCUCGAGGCAUUACACGAUAGAGGACUUGCUCAGAAGGAUGAUAACUGAAUUUUUCAAUGACAAGGAUGAACCAGUCCCCAAAAAGAUGAAUUCCAUGGAUUACAAGCACUUGGUGGAGACGCUUGUCAAAUUCUUGGAGCAAAAGAGGUAUGUUGUAGUUUUGGAUGAUGUAUGGAAUAUCAAUUUUUGGAGACAAGUAUGUGUUGCUCUCCCUGAUAAUAAAAAUCGAAGCAGAGUAAUCAUAACAACACGGAAGGAAGACAUAGCAUCUUAUCCUUAUGGGGCAGGUUGCCGUGUUUUCCAUUCUCAACCUCUCUCAAAGAGCGAUGCUUGGGCUCUCUUUUGUAGAAAGGCUUUUUGCAAUGAGCAUAAUUGCAACUGUCCUGAAGAGCUAGAAGGCAUAGGUCAUACCUUGGUUGAAAAAUGUGAGGGUUUGCCUCUUGCAAUUGUUGCUCUAGGUGGUCUCAUGGGUUCAAAAGAUCCGUCAGAACGAAAAUGGAGGGAAGUUUAUAAUGCCCUCAGCUGGCAUAUCAGCAACAACCCGUUGCUUGAUGAGGUCAAAACCAUUUUUCUAUUGAGCUUCAAUGACUUGCCUUAUUAUCUUAAGAACUGCUUUUUAUACUGUUGCCUUUUCCCGAUGGGAAGAUGGGUCGGAGCUGGCAGACUAAUGAGAAUGUGGAUGGCCGAAGGGUUUCUUGAAGAAAGAAGGGGUCUAAUACCGGAGGAAGUAGGAAAAAUCUAUCUCAAAGAACUCAUUUCUAGAAGCCUCCUUCAAGUUACAAAGCGCCAUAGUUACUUAAGGCCGAAGAUGUGUAAGCUUCAUGAUCUGAUGUGGGAGCUGGCUCAUUCAUUGUCGGAGCAGGAAAAUUUCUUGUCAAUCUGUGAUCCAGAAAACCUGGAAGGAGAAAUAAGAGCACGCCGCUUGUCUGUGCAUGCCAGUGAUGGAACGUUUCGCAUGGGGGGCGAUAUGAAAAACGUUAGAUCUUUUUCUGCCUUUGAUGUUAAAGAGACUUUGGAUGAUCUUUUACCGAGAUUCAGACUAUUAAGGGUCCUGGAGUUGCCGGAUGCACAAAUUCAGCAUUUGCCUGAUGUCAUUGGUAAUUUAUUCAAUCUAAGGUACUUAGGUCUGAGUGGAACUCUUAUCAAGGAACUGCCCAAGUCUGUGGGUAGACUCAGGAACUUGUACACCCUCGACAUUAGGAGAACGAAUGUGAAGGCACUACCACAGGAAAUAGACAAGUUGUUCUAUUUGAGGCAUUUACUUCUCUAUCAAGAGAUAGAAAAGGAAUGUUUCACGUAUACUAAAGGAAUGCGAGUUCCAGCUACCAUAUGCAAGAUAAAGAAUCUACAAGUUGUUAACUGCAUUGAAGCAAAUGCUGAUAUUAUCAAGGGAAUUGGGAAAAUGAGUCAGCUUGUAAGGAUCGGGCUUACAAAUGUGAGAGAAACAGAUAAGAAGGCUCUGUGUGCCUCAAUCGAAAAACUGAAGUUUCUUCGACAGCUUCUACUAAUGGUUGCUGAAGAGAAUGAAAGUCUUCCAAUAGAUCACCUCUCUUCCACACCAACUAAUUUCCGAAAGCUCACUUUGGUUGGGAAACUAAAAGAUGUCCCCCAUUGGUUCCCUUCACUGCGCAAUAUUAUACAUUUGCAUUUGCAUUGGAGCCGAUUGACAGAGGAUCCUGUACCCUACCUUUGCGAGCUUCAGUGUUUGGAGCACCUUACUUUAGUCAAUGCUUAUAGCUCUGGCAAGGAACAACUGUUCUUCAGUUCUGGAUUCCUAAAGCUUGAGGACUUACACCUUGCAGUUUUCCCUGAUUUAGUAGAAAUCGUGUUUUCAAAUGGAGUGAUGCCCAGGCUCGAAUGCCUGAAUAUACAUUCGUGCCCUAAACUGAACAAGGUGCCCCAAGGUAUUGAAUACCUUACCAGACUUGAAGAGCUCGACUUGAAAGGAGUUUCAGGAGAGUUCAUACAACGUAUUGGAGGCGAUGGCAUUGAUCGUCCAAAGAUCAGGCAUAUUCCAUCCAUCAAGUACCGUACUGAGACAGAAUCUUGCCAUUUGUAAUAUCGUGAAUCCUUCUGUUGGAUCAGUGAUUUCAUUCAAGAUCUGCAGACACCAGAAGCUGGUUAUUUGAUCCUAUUUGCUCCAGCAGCUGGAAAAAUGUCAAUUUUGGUGCACAAAAUAAAAGCCUGGUCUGAUUGAGUGCUCUUAUUCCUAUUGCCUUUCUCAUUGUAAUGCCUUAGUUUUGAGACUCAAUUGCAUGUCAUUCGAUGAAGCUAGGAUGUAAUGCAACUUAGGGAGUGAUCGUUCUUGAAUGCCAGCCAGCUAGCUUGCUUGGAGAAUCUCCUGUUAGCGGAACAUCUCAUUUGCAACAUUAGUUUAUGCUUUUUGUUUUAAUGUUACCAAAGUGCAAUACACUUCCAUAUGUAAUUUGUUCCAUUUGCCCAAGAACUGUUUUCAUCAUUUGGUUAAGGUGUUGCCAUAUCAUGGAACUGAUUUUUGUAUUGAUUAGUGGGUGCAAUCUCAUUGAUGUCUAUUGUCUGCCAA